AUGGCCGGGGAUGGCGGUUCACGGCUAGCAGGCGUUUGCUUCCUUGCGUCGUUUAUGUGGCUCUACUACUCUUUAUAUAAACAAUUCCUCACGGAACGACCCCGGCUUUCUGCAUGUCUUGUCUUACUAGUCUCCGGCGCCGUGGCUUUCGGCCUGAGCUUCUUCUCGAAACGGCUCCCAGGUGCGGAUGGCCGGUUUGAUUCGGAAGCUGUCUUCAAGGGCAUGAAGUCCUCUCUCCCGCAGCGGCCCCGUCGCUUCUAUGUCCCGUGUAUUAUACUUCUCAUUGUAGUGCGCCUGGAGGUCCUUUACAGCGUAGUACACGACUUCCAGUGCACAGCACAUGGUAUUGAGGCGUUUCUGCCCCUAUUACUGGCGCUUCAUGAGUUUUUCUUCAACCAAAAGGUUCCUCCACCAGUGCAGUCCGAUGAGCCCGAAGAUCCAUGGGGUGACUGCUGGGAGGAUGUCUUGGACUGGAUAAAGCACUCCCACUUGACCUUGCUCCUCGGCACUUCAAUCUUCACGUACGGUGUCUUCUCGGCCAGCCAAUUCGCAACCAGGUCUUCUUACAUCUGCUCCACAUACUCCGACAGUGCCUCUUGGAUCACCUUCCUCCAGUGGGCUGGCGUGUUCAUGGAUGCCACCAUCAUUGUUCUCUUGUGGAGAGUUUUCUCGUGGGCGAGAACGACGAAGGGCCGACUGCGUACACUGAGCGCAAUCCUGGCUGUGUCCUCCACAGCAACAGGUAUUCUGUGGCUGUCAACGCGGAUUGUCCAACGCCGCUCGAUCUUCAACGCGCAGUCGAACCUAGGACUGGAUUCUAUCUUCAUCUUCGAUAUCUUAAGCCAUGGCAUUACGUGUGCUAUCUUGGCUGUAUCUGCAGUGUUGUGGAUGUCCGACUCGCCCCCUCUGCCGUUAGCCGGUACAACUACUUUUGUCUGCAGCAGCAUCGCCGCCUCACGAGAGGUAUUGCGAUAUGGUACAUAUCUGCAAACUUCCAAGAUUCAGCCUUUAGUGGCCCUCUCCUUCAUUUCAGCAGGUUACGUCAUCUUCACCUUUGCCUGCAAUAUGCGGUCGAUCAUGUAUAUUCGGAGGAUCUUUCUCCUCCUUCUCAUAAUCGCUCUGGUCAUCACUGCCACGGUCAAGGCUCUGCUCAGGAAUCCCAUCAUGAAGCAGCACCAUGUUAAUGAGUUGAUCUAUGAAAGCCGAGUGGAGACAGACAGAUGGCUUCGCUAUGCGGCGACCAGCGAUACGAUCACUGCAGCAGUCUCAGAAUACAAGGAACGGCAUAACGGGCGCGACCCACCAGCAAAUUAUGACAAGUGGUUCGAGUUUGCCUUACAGCGCAAGUCUGCCAUUAUCGACAAAUUUGAUCAAAUAGAUAAAGACGUCCUGCCUUUUUGGGGUAUGAAGCCCUCAAAGAUCCAAGAAGGCUUGGAGGUCGUCAAGGCUUUACCGGACGUUGGCAUUAUCAAGAUUGUGGAUGGCAAGGCUUACCACAAUCAGCCAGCCGACCCAUCGCAAAGGCUUAUUCUUGACGACGCAGUAUCGAUGAUAUCUUCGUUUUCACAGCACCUCCCGGAGAUGUCAAUUGCCAUCAACCUGCAAGAACGUCCCAGGAUACUGGUCCCGUGGGAGGACAUUAACCGCCUCAAGCAGGCUGGGACCAAGUCGAAGCUAAAGCUUCUUUCUCGUGCUAUCGAUCCGCGACAAGCGGAUGAUUCGAAACCUCUCGAGAACAGUGGAGGCUCAGCUUUCAAGGCCGCUCCGAAAUCGACAGCCCGCCCGUACGUGACAACCAAAGACUUCCACCACCUGCAGGCUCUCGCUUGUCCCCCUGGUUCCAAAACCCGAGCAGGCGUGUCCUGGAACGUACGGGACCAUUGUGCGUCCUGCGCAGAACAUCAUUCACGGGGUCCAGUGGUGCUCGACUGGUGGCAUUCCCUUGAUGUUUGUUACCAACCCGAUGUCUUCCAUCUACACGAUUUCCACACAAUUCCUCAUCGUUAUGAGCUAUAUCAGGAUCUGUUGCCCCUAUUCAGCAGGUCCAAGACGGACAGCUUUAAUGACAUCAUCGUACCGCUGAUCCGGUCCAAUGUCAGUCAUGAACCUGACACAAAGGCCUUCCACACCAAGGAAGAAAAGCUUAUCUGGCAGCAAGAACCAGAGGAACAGCCGGUCACACAUCAGUCGCUUCACGGAGGCCAUCGAAAUCGCCUGGUGCACUUGAUUAAUCAAGCCAGCGAUUCACUCAAGCAAUCCCUGAUAAUCAGUACCAAAUCAGGGAAAGAGACCAGAUACGUAUAUGAGCAGGUGAGGACCAGCGAAAUGAACCAGAUCCUCCCUAUGGAGGUCUCUUACAUAUUCCCUGAGAAAUGCGAUGGUCCCAGCUGCCAGAUGGUGCAGAGUGAGAACUUGCCCAUGCGCCCCAGGCAGGAUGCUCUGAACAAUCGCUAUGUCAUGCUCCUCGAUACCGCCGACGGGCCCUCUCCAGACACGCUUUCCUUGAUCCGCGCAAACAGCGUCCCGUUCAUCAGCACGAUCUUCCGCGAAUGGUACACAGAUCGCAUCAUGCCCUGGUCCCACUUCGUGCCCAUCGACAUCCGCUACCACGGCCUCCACAACACGCUGGCCUACUUCACCGGCCUCACGGGGCGCGGGAAGAUCAACGGCCGCCAGCCGCUGAUGCAGCAGCGGAUGGACGACGGGCGCUGGAUCUCGGAGCAGGGCCGCAAAUGGGCGGACAAGGUCCUCCGGCGCGAGGAUAUGGAGAUUUAUUGGUUCAGACUGCUCCUCGAAUGGGGCAGAGUGAUCAACGAGGAUAGGGACAACAUGAAGUUUACCCUGAAGCAAGGGUCGUGA